AGAAUGCAUUCCAGUAGGCGUCUGUCAUACACCUGACCAGUGAAGCCCAGCUUACCUCUUCAGUAACCCUUUUUCAGCCCUUCAGGGCAAUCCCUAGUCAAGAUGAUGAAACAAGCCUUCUUCACGCUGCUGUUCUGUUCAUUUCUAGUAUGCCUUAAUGCUGACCAGCAGACGCCCCUUCGAUUUUGCUUAAAGUCAAGCAGUGAAAUGGAAAAAUGCAGGGAACUAAAACAUGCAAUAGAACAUGAUGUGCAAGGGGUACCUAGUAUUGCCUGUGUCCAAAGAAGUAAUACCAAGGAGUGUAUUGAUGCAGUGAAAGGACAAGCAGCAGAUAUGAUUACCUUGGAUGGAGGUGAUGUUUAUACAGCAGGUCUAAUACCACAUCCCCUUAAACCAGUGGCAGCUGAAGAUUACGGCAACGCCUCAUUUUCAGACACCUGUUACUAUGCGGUGGCUGUUGCGAGGACAGAUAAAAAUAUUAAUUUCCUCGCUCUGAAGGGGGCAAAAUCUUGUCACACAGGUGUGGGCAAGUCAGCUGGCUGGAACAUGCCAAUUGGAGCUCUUAUAGAGAGCAAACAAAUUAAAUGGGAUGGACCAGAAGAAGAACCACUUGAUAACGCUGUAGCAAGAUUUUUCUCUGCCUCGUGUGCACCUGGUUCCACAAACAGCACCUUGUGUAGUUUGUGUAAAGGAACUGGCAAAAACAAAUGUGCCAGAUCACAAAUCGAACCUUACUACAGCUAUGCUGGAGCAUUUCAGUGUCUUAAGGAUGGUGUAGGAGAUGUUGCCUUUGUGAAACAUACAACUGUACCAGAGGCUGAACAAGAGCAUUAUAAGCUACUUUGUGCAGAUGGCAGAACAAUGGCUAUUAAAGACUAUCCUCAAUGUCACAUAGCACGAAUCCCUGCUCAUGCAGUUGUAACCCGCGACGACAAACCCCUCAUGGACAGAGUCUGGACCUUUAUAGAUAAAGCUCAGAGUAAAUUUGGAAGAACAUCUAAAGAAAAGUUUAAGCUUUUUGAGUCCCCUCAUGGAAAAGACCUCAUUUAUAAAGACUCUGCCUUUCGUUUAGUGAGGACACCAGACCAUAUCGAUUCUUAUUCAUUCCUUGGUCCGAAAUAUGUCAGUGCAAUCCAUGCCCUUAAGCUAGGCAGUAAAUCUACCACCACGGAAAAGAAAGUAAAGUGGUGCACAAUUAGCAAGAAGGAGGCUGAUAAGUGUGAUACGUGGAGUACACUGGAAAAAUCAUUAUCAUGCCUGAAAGCAGACUCUACUGAUGACUGUAUUGCACAAAUCAUGAAGGGAGAAUCAGAUGUUAUGACUCUGGAUGGAGGCUACCUCUAUACUGCAGGGCUUUGUGGGUUAGUUCCAGUCAUGGCAGAAUUCUAUGACAAAGACGACCAACAGAAGUGCCAAAGCAGCCAGCCAGUAAAAGAUACACCUUCUUACUAUACUGUGGCAGCCAUCAAAGCAGGUACCAGUCUGAGAUGGAGUGGACUGAAGGGUGCGAAAUCAUGCCACACAGCAAUUGGCAGGACUGCAGGAUGGAAUGUCCCUAUGGGACUGAUAUACCAAAAAACCAAGAGUUGUGAUUUUGAGCAUUACUUCAGUGAAAGCUGUGCCCCAGGAGCUAACAUUUCCUCCCCACUCUGUGCACUGUGCAAAGGACAAAGUAUUGGGCAGAAAUCAAAGUGUAAGAGCAGUCCGGAAGAGCCAUAUUAUGGAUAUAGUGGUGCUCUCAGAUGUCUUGUUGAAAAAGGAGAUGUUGGCUUUUUUAAACACACCACUUUCUCUGAAAACACUGGAGAAAUCCGACCAGAUUGGGCAAAAGAUCUGAAAUCUGAAAAUUUCAGACUGCUGUGUCUUGAUGACACCACAGCCCCUGUUGAUCAAUAUCGCAGAUGUCAUCUGGCAAAAGUCCCUGCUCAUGCUGUGGUCACCCGUCCAGAAAGUCGAGAUAUGAUUGCCAGUUUCCUGAAAAGUCAACAGAAAAAAUAUGGAAGUACUGGUACAGACCAGACUAAAUUCAGUAUGUUCAAGUCUUCACCCAAUAAAGAUCUGCUGUUCAAGGAUUCUACUUUGUGCCUCCUUGAGAUUCCUGCAACUACAAGCUAUACAGAAUUCUUGGGAAAGGAAUAUAUGGAUUCAGUGGAUGGAUUAAAAGCAUGCAAGUCCCUGUCAUACCUCCAGAAUAUCUGUCGGUUUCACAGCUGCCCUUAAUGCCUAAGCUUCAUCUUCAUUUCAUCUUGCCUGUUUUUUUCAGCUUAUCACCAUAGUGCAACAGUACCACAUUUCAUGAUGAGAAGUAGAUGAUUGUUUUUGUAUAACUGUUGCCUUUAACUUUUUGAAAUACAUAAUUUUUUUUAUAAUUGCUGUUCCUUUUCACUUUUUGUUUCCCUCUGGAAAAUAAACCAACGUUUAAGUAAAAAA